CACGUGACUGAACAUUUAUACUAAUGUGUGUCAUAGCAAUCCUGGUGUCAGUUUUAUGGUUAAGUUAUUUGGGUAAUGUCAGGAACUAAAGAAAGGGAGAGUUAUAAUGCGAGAAUAUUGCUAUGGAGUAAUGAGUAAUCAAAUGAAAGUUGAAGGGUUUUUGAAAAAAAAAGAGAAAAGAAAUUAGUUUGUAAUGGAUUAUGUUAAUGUUAGAGGUAGGUGAGUGAUCAUAUUUUUAAAUUUAAAAAAAAACUAAAUACAUCAUAUUAAACAAUAAUGUAAAUUUCUUUUAUUAUGCUCAAAACAACCAAUUUGUCAAUUUGCUAUUGUAUUAUUAGCCAUAAUAGAGUUCUUGUGACUAAGUGAUGUAACCAGGGAGGGAUAAAAUGGUCUAAUACUCUGAUUAAGCGCCAAAGUAUAAUUAAAAAUUAUCAUUUAAGGUUAACAGAGUAUAAUACAAUAACUAUAUUAUGGCUAAUAAUACAAUAGCAAAUAUAAGGGCUUUAAGGUUAAGUUAAAAAAAUAUAUUUUAUUAUGCUCAAAAUAACAAUUGAAUAAUAGAAGUCAAUUUUCUUGGAUCUUAAUUAGUCCACAAAUGUAUGCGGCCAUUGGAAUCUCCAAUGUUAGUCUUCUUGGAUCUUCUUUUAGUUUACAAUUGUAUGCAUUGUUGAGGAAUGGAUCAAGAUACAUGAGGUUGGGUAUAUUUGGCUAAAUGUAAUCACUUAAUUCUUAUAUUUUGUAUAUUAGACAUUUUUUAUAUGAAUUGUGUUCAACUUUUGCACUUGACUAACACCUCGUUCACCACUUCAGAGCCAUCGUCACAUCUUGCAUGCGCUCAUCUCAAUAGCUGGGUGUAUAUUUCUCUCACAGUCUAUCAUAUACCUAAUCAGAGCUCAUAGGGUAAGCAACCAAUUAAUCAUUGUAUUUUACAAAUAUAUAUGUAUAACUGUGCUAUAUUUCUGGACAGAAUCAUGCUCUCAGAGAAUGCGAUGCUAUGCGCCUCAGAGAAUGCGAUGCUAUGCGCCUCAGAGAAGUUGCAUAAUUUAUUUCUCAACAAUCUCCUACAUCACUGUCGUGCUAUCCAUUCCAAAUACUCGUCUCAUGUGCUAAUUAAAAUUAGCAUUACAAUAUUGUUUUAAUCAUUUAUUUUACUUCUAAAAUGCUUAUGUUUGUACAGUUCGAAGAAUUGCAGCAUUAUCAUAUCCAACCAUGAUUCCCAGCAUAGUCAGCUUCGCGAGCGCAAGUUGAUUUUGGGUCAGCCUCAUAAUCAAACCAUGAUUUCUAGUUGCCCGAUCCAGAUUACUAUUUCACAAUUUAGUGUCUUUCUUGUAUAUGCAUAAACAUGUAUACUAUACAAAAGAGACUACAACUUGUGUUCCCAUCUUUUUAAAACCUUUUGGUAUGAUUUUCCUUUUUGAUGCUUUAUAAAAAAAAUUGUUAUUCAGUUCAUGAUAUGUUACAAUACUAUGUCAUAUCGAUGACGUUUUUCUACCCGGUUAAAAUUUAAUCAUAAUUAGUUGGUUAACAUAUACGAAUAUUUCAGUCUCACUAGUCUAACCAAACUUUCACUCAUUACCAUUCAUAAGUUGGUUAUUGUAACUAUUUUCAAUGGUUACUAUAACAAAUAUAUAGUGUCUUCCAAAAUUAAAAUAUGGCAAAGGAAAAAGUGUUAGGAGUACAAAACCCAUAAGAGGAGAAGAGCCCAAAAAGGGGGAAAAAGACAGCCCAAAAAGGGGGAAAAACAUAUAAAGGGUUGAGUAACUUGGUAUGAAUUUUCAAUGAGAUUUGUAUAUCUCUUCCCCCUGUGAGAGCUGUCGCAUCGACAUGGCCGCUCAUUAAAGAAAGUUUGAGAAGUAAGAGCAAGUCCAAUGGUUAGAACCCUUUGUGGGUUCUGAUGAAUAAUUUAACAGUUGAUUUUAUGAUUUAAGAAGUUUAGAACCUUGUUAGUAUAAUUAAUUUUCUCAUUGCUCCAAUUGGAGGUUCUUAAAUUUUGUUUUUAGAAGUUGUUUCUCGCGGAGUAUGAAGGUGUAGUCGUUGGAGCCGCAGAGCUUGGCUUCGAAGCUCUCGAAAUCAAGGCUUGGAACGUCUCUGCGUCGUCUCCGUAGAAUCUGAUGGCGCUCUGAAGGGGUUUAAUUCUAAAACUGAAGGUUUAUUUCAAAAAAAAAGUGAAGGUUAAUUUUACAGGAUUUUUAGAUUUUUAGUUGAGGGAUUUAAUUACUAAAAACCCUUUUUAUUUACGAUUCCUAGCUAGGGUUGAUUGCGCAUAUAUAUAUGCAUAAAGUUCUCUAUUGUCUUUCUUGAUCAAGGUAGGAUACAAUGUUGAAACAACAUGGCUUGAGUGUGGAAUCGCUACCCCACGAUGUGGUCGAGCUCAUCCUUGAGAGGCUUCCCAUGGACUCUCUGCUUAGACUCAAGUCUGUAUCCAAGAACUGGAAAUCUACAAUCGAUUCCAGACGUUCCCAACAAGGACAAUUUAUCCAUCGUAGGCAAUCACGAGGUCCUGAUGUUCUUUGCGUUCCCCUGGGUUACGGUAGUGAUGAAGACGCAUAUGCUAUAAGAUUUGUGUUUGGGAGGUGUUCAUCAAAAGCUUCUACGGUCUGGUUCCCAGUUUCUCGAAACUUGUUCUGCUACGGUAGUUGUGACGGUCUAUUAUGCCUCUACUCUUGAUACGAAAAGAGUGACAUCGUCGUGGUGAAUCCCGCCACUAGAUGGCAUCAAAGCUUUCCUCUUUCCAACGUUCAACACUUCAGCAUCGAGAAAUAUAAUAAAUGUGAGUUUGCCUAUCCGCUAAUUCCUCGGCUUGGAUUCGGUAAAGACAAAGUAACAGGCACGUAUAAGCCGGUUUAUUUAUAUAAUUCACAUGACUUUAAAUUAGGCAACGUUACUACUUGUGAAGUUUUCGAUUUUCGCACCAAUGCAUGGAGGUACGUUGUCCCCUCUUCUCCUUAUCGGAUUUUUGGUCACUACGAACCCGUGUAUUUAGAUGGAUCGCUUUACGAUCUCAUCAAAGAAGAAACCGAGGUUUGAUUACCUUUAGGUUUUCAAGCCAAAACUUUUGAAGUCAAGUUACUAUCUUUGGAUCUUCACACCGAGACGUUUCAAGGCAUCUGCAAAGGUCCCUUUGUCCGACCUCUUCCAUAUAAUCCUUACAGCAUCACCAUGUGCAUCCUCGACGAUCGUUUGUGUGUGUCCGAGAAAGUCUGGCCCAUCCAAGAGAUAUGGUCGUUCGAUGGCGCCAACAAGACGUGGAUGAAAAUGUGUUCUAUAAAUCUCACCAGAAGUGUUUUUUUGUUCGAGGAAAAUAGCCUUGUUCGUUCUUCAAUGUCACA